GGCGCUGCGCGAGCUGAGGAGCUGCUCUUUGUGCGCGCGUUCUCUCAGCUCAGGAACGUCGGGUCUGACAAAUGGAUCGGGGCUCAAAGCGCAGGCAGGUGAAGCCCCUGGCUGCCUCCUUGCUGGAUGCCCUGGACUAUGACAGCUCAGACGACAGCGACUUCGAAGUGGGAGAUGCUUCAGGCUCAGAGGGCAGCGGCAAUGGAAGUGACGAUGACGGGUCCAAGGAGAGCGUGGCUGGUUCAGAUAGCGAGUCGGAUGCCAUUGGCUCAGCUGACGAGCAGGCCGCUGAAGAGGAUGAGCCCAAAGAUCUGACUUGUGGUGAGACCACUGCAGAAGAACAGCAGAAGGGUAAGGAGCUGCCUUCUGAUGGGGGCAGCAAAGAACAGGAGGAGGAGGAAGAGGGUUGUUCCAAGGGGAAGAAGAAGACUGACAAGACCUCAGACACAGAGGCCAGUGGGAGUGGCAGUGGGGGUGGGGCCGGGUGCGAAAGCAGUGGCGGGGCAGUGGAGGAGCAUGCUACCGAACCCAAAAAGUGGAACCUGCGCCGCAACCGGCCCCUGCUGGACCUCAGCGCAAUGGAGGAGCUGAACGAAAUGGACGACUACGACAGCGAGGACGACAACGACUGGCGUCCCAAGGCUGGCAAGAAGCGGAACAAGUCCGCUGCCCCCAAGGGUGGCAGUGAGGAGGAGGAGGAGGAAGAAGAGGAAGAGGAGGAAGAAGAGGAAGAGGAGGGAAGCGGGAGUGAAGAGGAGGAGGAUGAUGACGAUGAUGACUGUGAGGGGGAGAAUGCAGGUGAAGAGAAUGGUGGGAGUGAGAAGGAGGAGAAGAAGUCAAAGCGCAAAACGACCAAGAACACCAGCGCAUAUGACGAGGAGCUAACUAACGACAGCCUGAGUCUGUCCCAGAGCAAGAACAAUGAGGAUUCCAUGCUGCUGGACCGAGCACAGACCUGGAGCUCCCAGAGGAUGGACCACAUCCUGAUCUGUUGCGUCUGCUUGGGGGACAACAGUGAGGAUGCGGACGAGAUCAUCCAGUGUGACAACUGCGGUGUGACCGUGCACGAAGGUUGUUAUGGCGUCGACGGGGAGAGCGACUCCAUCAUGAGCUCUGCGUCUGAGAACUCCACAGAGCCGUGGUUUUGUGACGCCUGCAAAAACGGUGUGACACCUAGCUGCGAACUCUGCCCUAACCAGCAUGGCAUCUUCAAGGAGACUGAUGCAGGAAGGUGGGUUCAUGUGGUCUGUGCUCUGUACGUUCCUGGGGUGGCAUUUGGAGACAUCGAUAAACUGCGUCCAGUGACCCUCACUGAGAUGAACUACUCAAAAUAUGGAGCCAAGGAAUGCAGCUUAUGCGAGGAUACACGCUUUGCCCGGACAGGCGUGUGCAUCAGCUGCGACGCAGGCAUGUGCCGCUCCUACUUCCAUGUGACAUGCGCACAGCGAGAGGGCCUGCUGUCGGAGGCGGCUGCAGAGGAGGACAUAGCGGAUCCUUUUUUCGCCUACUGCAAGCAGCACGCGGAUCGUUUCGACAGGAAAUGGAAGAGGAAGAACUACUUGGCACUGCAGUCGUACUGCAAGAUGUCGCUGCAGGAGAGGGAGAAGCAGUUAACACUGGAGGCACAGGCUCGUAUCACAACCCGACUACAGCAGUACCGAGCGAAGGCAGAGCUGUCUCGGAACACGCGGCCGCAGGCAUGGGUUCCGCGUGAGAAGCUGCCGCGCCCGCUCACCUCUAGUGCAUCGGCCAUCCGCAAGCUGAUGCGCAAGGCAGAGCUCAUGGGCAUCAGUACGGAUAUCUUCCCCGUAGACACAUCAGACACGAGCGCCAGCGUGGACGGCCGCCGCAAACACAAGCAGCCUGCCCUCACAGCCGAUUUCGUCAACUACUACCUGGAGAGGAACAUGCGCAUGAUCCAGAUACAAAACAACAUCCUGGAACAGAAGAGCUUGAAAGACAAGCUGGAGAGUGAGCAGGAAAAGCUGCAUGUCGAGUAUAACAAGCUCUGCGAGUCGCUAGAGGAGCUGCAGAAUAUCAAUGGGGCACUGAGGAGCGAGGGCCAGGCCGUGUGGACCCUCUUGGGCAGCAUCCUGGGCCAGAAGCUAAGUCUGCCAGCUGUCCUGAAAGCCCCCAAGGAGAGGAAGCCCAGCAAGAAAGAGGGAGGUCCUCCUGGGAAGGCAUCCAGUCUCCCUGCCAUCCUGUACAGCUGUGGGAUCUGCAAGAAGAACCAGGACCAACACCUCCUCUUGCUCUGCGAUACCUGCAAGCUUUACUAUCACCUUGGCUGCCUGGACCCUCCACUCUCCCGUAUGCCUAAGAAGACCAAGAACAGCUACUGGCAGUGCUCUGAAUGCGACCAGGCCAGCAGCGAUGAGGCUGACAUCGCCAUGGAAACGUUACCGGAUGGCACCAAGAGAUCCAGGCGGCAGAUCAAGGGACCAAUCAAAUUUAUCCCGCAGGACAUGUCGCCCGAGCCCAAAAAAAUCCAAGUGAGAAACACGCGUACUCGAGGCCAGAAGCGGAAGCGUGUUUCCCUGUGCGAGGAAGAAAAGAUGGAGGACCCAGCCCCGCGAGAGCGCCGCCAACGCCAAACAACCACACAGAAAAAACCAAAAGCGGACGACACCAGGACCGAGUGCGUGACCUGCAAGGGCCCAGGCGGCAAUGACAACUUAGUGAGGUUGUGAGAGCUGGGGCACCCACCUCCCCUAAAAACCCGACCUUCCCUGGACCGAUGACCUUUGGCUUAGAGAGGCAAAUUUCAGUCGUUUGAAGAAUAUCGGUAGGUCGGGCAGGAAAUCCACAUCACCAGCUCUGACCAUCCAGUGAUGCAGUCCAGGCCGUGCCCUGGAACCUAUCAAAAUCGAGGCGUAAGGAGGAAUAAACUGACAAAAUGGACCUUUGAAUUUAAAAAAAAAAAAAAGUGUAAAUAAAGGUCUCUAAACGAAACGGUUGGAGAUAACAUAACCUUGGGAACUUUGGGCUCUUGAUAGCUUCGUAUCUACAGUUUUUUUUCCCUCCCUCAAAAGAGGAAGGGAGUCUUCGCAUCAAGAAUCGCAAGAACUCUUUUUGUCACUGUGGACUGGUUUGAUAUCCAUCAAAUGUUUGGAGGCAAAGACACAGACAAAGAGCUGGUUGGACAGGAGCCUUGCUCGCUUUCCACUGCAGACUAACCCGUGCGUCUUCGCUCUCGGAUACCUUUCCCCAAAUUUUUCCAGUGUGGCAAAGUCAUCUGAGUUCCACGACUCUGCCGGUGCCCGUCUCUCCAUCUCUCUGCCAACAGUUGGAAUGGAGCACUGUUUCUGCAACAGAUGGCCUGAUUGGACUGAAGAAGAGCAUCUCUUUGUCAGCAUCACAGUCGGCCAGGACAGGCCACCUUUUGCAGGUCCGUCUCUCGCUCGCUGCUUUCUGGACCUCGGAUGACCCGCUUUUCAAAGAAUCCAAUCGAUGCUAUUGACUGAAGUAAUGUGUUCCAAACAGUCAGUUUUUAUUGCGGUAAAGAAUUUAAUUUGGGACACUUGAACUUCAGCUCCUGUCCUCCAUUUCUUUGUGAACUACGUGGUGUGUGCUUGUCCUUUUGAAGUUCUAGUGGAGUGUUAACAAUUGCUCCUCCCUCUGUUCUUCUCAUUUCUAGGAAGAUGAUAGGCAACUAUUACAGACCUAAUUUUGAAGGAAUGUUUAUGCAUAGCUGUGUUGAGGCAUUUAGCAGACAUCCUCUCAUGCUGUUUCUGACUCCAGAAACCAUACGGUAAUUUUUGAAUUCUGGCAAAUUCUUGAAGGACUUAACCCCCCAACACCACUGCCCCCCCCCCCUUCCCUCUUCUCCAUUUCUUGUUCUUUCUCCCUCCCUGGUUCCCCUCAGUUUGCGCUGUCAACUGAAUUUCUGUCUUGAAGGCUGUCAGGACACAUGACAGGCAUCAUCUGUUGUCCUUGGGGCGCCUUGGACCCCUUCAAUUUUAUUCUAUAAGGGUUAGGACCACAGAAAAUUGCUUACAUAAAGUUUUAAAAAUCCAUCAGGCCAAAGGUCUGGCCGUUUUCUUCUCUCCCCCACCCCCACAGUAUUUUUGUUGAUCCUUUGUAGGAUUCACCCUCAUGCCCAAUCUCCCCUGAAAUACACAGCUGUGUGGAUUAAUGUGUACUGAUACUGUUUACAGUGUAUGUGAUCAUAUUUAGUCGUAUAUCAAUUCUGAAUAACCAAGUAAAUGUCAUGUUCAUACUUUUAGGAAACAUCUUUAGGAUAAUACUGUGUGUGUUUCUGUGCCAUUUUAUUACUGACAUUUUUAUUGUGAAGAAGGCAAAAGAAUCAAGUCAGUCUUUUCUUUAGACUAUGCACCGUUCAAAAUGCAGUUACUUAUUCUGUAUGUAUUUAUGUAUUUAUUAAUUUAUUGAUCAGUGCCGCUUUUUUUAUUCCUGUUGUUAAAUACGUAAAUGUUGUAUAUAAGGUAUCAUGGGAUUUUUUUUCCUGCUCAUGCGAGUAUGUGAAGUUGCAAGUAUAGGCAGGAACACUGUGUACCGCGCGUGGUUUAAUAAACUCUUGACUU